AUGAAUCGCAACGCGCAAGGUGGCAUGGAGGGUUAUGGCUCAGCCUCUUUAUGGCCUCAGGCAUCAGCACCGCAGGGUGGGUUUGGCGGGAUACCCAACGAUAAUUUUGUUGGAGGGUUUCAAGGUGGUUUAGAUGCUUCUCCCCAGCUCUGGAACCAGAACAGUCAAUCAAAAAUGCCUCAGAAUUCAAUGCCACAGGCAGGCUUCGGAUCAUUCGUACCUCAGCUUCGGCUAGGAAACACUUCGGCUCCUCCCUUCGUGCCCAUGGUUGAUGCAAACAAAGGCCCGAUGGGUAACCCCGUUGGCAAUGCAAAUGCCAAGCGACCGAAUGUUUCAUUGGGCAUGGGAGUAGGAGGCUUAGGUAGCAACUCACCACAGCUGGCAUGGGAUGGAAUUCUUGGUCCCAACGGCGUCCCAGGCCAAGGCGGUGAAUCUGGCAUUAACACUCUAUCCUCCAUGUCUUCUUUGAAUAAUCCUUCCGCAUCUCAAGCAAGAAAACCCGGUCCGAUGGAUGGGAGUGAUAAUGGACCAAUGAAUGCAAGACAAAUCCUACAGGCAGCACAAAAACUGGAGAACGCUUUGAUGAAUGGUUGGAUUACCCCAGAACAAGCUCAGGACCAAGCAUCAAAGUUUCAGGCAAUGCUUUCCAAGGUUAACGCGCAACCAAUGCAAGAUUUCGCUUCACCUGCAGGGUUUUUGAAUCUCGUGUGCUCUUCCCAAUCGACUGUCGGCAAUGGAUCGUUCGAGUAUUGUUUCACAAGUUUUGACCCUUUCAAAGUUUCUCAAGGAACACAAAGAAAGCCAAAGGACGUGGUGGCGGUGGUCGUGGAGGAAGAGGACGUGGAAGGGGAGGGGAAGGUGGAGGGCGUGGAGGGGCUCGCGGCUCAGGUGAAGGAAGGGGGAGAGGACGAGGGGGUCAGGGGUCAUGCGAAGCUCAUGUUAGCUGCCGCGUUCGCUGGUCAUUCCAGAACGCAUUUUUCAUGCAAGAGUGUAGCAGUAUCGGUGUUGUAA